AAUAACAUUUUUUUUUCCUCACGCAUAUCUAGGGAGUCAUUGUUCAUGGUGGCUCCAAAUUCUUAGCUGAUAAUUCGAGUUUUACAUGGUCCUCGUAAUAAGGUGUAACAGCGUCGAGCAUGUUACGAUCGAAAGACGACGGGUCCCCUUCCACUAUCCUUGCGGAGAGCGAUUCUUUCUUGCAGACACACACCAAUUGGAGAGCCAAGUCUUGCCCAAGUCUUUAUAAGUAGGAGACAUCCGCGUCCCCAAGACUUACUCCCUCUCGAGACGUGCUCCCAUCAGAAGCCGAUUUCGAGAAAGAAGUAAGAGCGAUAAGGAAAUUUGCGAGACGGUUAGAUCGGAGGCUUGAGGCCUUUGAUUAAAGAAAAAAAUAAAUAAAAAGAGAAAAAUAUAAGUGUAUACAAGAAAAUAGAAAAGUACAUACCACGGAAGAAAAUUACGUUAUCGAUAUCAAAAACAAAAUUUGGUACGGCAAGAAAACCGCAGGAGCCACGGGAGAUGUCGAAAAUAUCGAAGUGAAGUGCUUCGGUAGAGGAAUUUUUUUUUCCAAAUUUUUCAUCCCGCCACAAGGCUAAUCAAGUUCGAGAAUGAGAAUUUGGACCGUGUGCUUCCUUGCACUGGCUAUUGCCACUGCUGUGGAAAGUGGUUCUCAUAGACCGAGGAACCGUUACUCAAGACUUCGCAUAUUCAAAAAGGCUGAAAUACCUUUUAAAUGUGCCAAAGAAGGAUAUCAUCCCGAUCCUUACGACUGUCACGUCUACCAUAGGUGCGUAGACUGGGGCAAUGGCAGCCCAAUGUCUGCGUUUAGAUUUGAAUGUGGCCCUGGGACCGUUUUCUCUAAGGAUAAGGGCGACAUCUGUACUCAUCCUGGGGAGAGUGGACGUCCUGAAUGCGGUGGAUCUGAAAAUGAUAUAGAAUCUGAUGGACAGGGUUGGCAACAACCUUCUACGACAGUUUCUUCUAGUACCACUGAUGGUACAACGACUACGAGUACUACACAGGUUCCUAGUACUACAACGACGGAAGCUACGACAACGACGAGUACUACAACUCAGGCUACUACGACUACGAAUGCUCCAACAACUACACAGUCGAGUACUUCUGGUGGAAGUAGUAGUAGACCGGAAUGUAUUCAGGAAGGAUUUAUGUUGGAUCCUGAGGAUUGUCAGAAGUUCUACAGAUGUGUAUCUGAUCGUCCUGGCUCUUUUAUAAGAUAUGAAUUUACUUGUGGAGUUGGUACAGUUUGGGAUCCAAAAAUUGAGGGCUGCAACCAUGCGUGGGCUGUUUCGAGAGAUGACUGUAAGCAGAACCUUCAGGAUCCCACCGCUGGCGGGGAUAACGGAGAGUGGAAUGGGGAUACUGGGAGUAAUGGAGGGCAGUGGAACGGGGAUACAGGGGAUAAUAGUGGACAAUGGAAUGGUGAUGUUGGCGAUAAUGGUAGUCCUGGACAACCUGGAGCGCCGGGAGAUCCUAAUGGGCAGCCAGGAGAACCAGGAGAUCCUAAUGGACAGCCAGGACAACCAGGAGAUCCUAAUGGCCAACCUGGGGAACCAGGAGAUCCUAAUGGGCAACCGGGAAGACCUGGAACUCCGGGGACACCAGGGACCCCUGGAAUUCCAGGAAAGCCAGGGGCACCUGAAGGUCCAGCAACGCCAGGAACGCCCGGAACUCCAGGAACUCCAGGAACACCGGGAACACCAGGGACGCCUGCAACUCCGGGAACACCAGGAACACCUGCAAUUCCGGGAACCCCUGGAACACCGGGAACUCCAGGGACGCCUGCAACUCCGGGAACUCCAGGAACACCAGGAACUCCGGGAAAACCAAGUACGCCUGGAACCCCUGGAACACCAGGAAAACCAGGAACACCUGCAACUCCAGGAACACCAGGGACGCCUGCAACUCCGGGAACACCAGGGACGUCUGCAACUCCGGGAACUCCAGGAACUCCAGGAAAACCAGGCACGCCUGGAACCCCUGGAACUCCAGGAAUACUAGGAACGCCUGGAACACCAGGGGAACCAGGAACCCCUGGAACUCCGGGAACACCAGAAAAACCAGGUACGCCUGGAACUCCGGGAACACCAGGAACGCCUGCAACUCCAGGAACUCCAGGAACAUCAGGAACUCCGGGAAAACCAGGUACACCUGGAACCCCGGGAAAACCUGGAACACCAGGGAAACCUGGAACGCCUGGAACUCCAGGAACACCAGGAAAACCAGGUACGCCUGGAACCCCGGGAACACCUGGAACUCCAGGAACAUCAGGCAAACCAGGAACUCCUGGAACACCAGGAAAACCAGGUACGUCUGGAACUCCGGGAACACCAGGGACGCCUGCAACUCCAGGAACUCCAGGAACAUCAGGAACUCCGGGAAAACCAGGUACGCCAGGAACCCCGGGAACACCUGGAACUCCAGGAACAUCAGGCAAACCAGGAACUCCGGGAUCACCAGGAAAACCAGGUACGCCUGGAACUCCGGGAACACCAGGGACGCCUGCAACUCCAGGAACUCCAGGAACAUCAGGAACUCCGGGAAAACCAGGUACGCCAGGAACCCCGGGAACACCUGGAACUCCAGGAACAUCAGGCAAACCAGGAACUCCUGGAACACCAGGAAAACCAGGUACGUCUGGAACUCCGGGAACACCAGGGACGCCUGCAACUCCAGGAACUCCAGGAACAUCAGGAACUCCGGGAAAACCAGGUACGCCAGGAACCCCGGGAACACCUGGAACUCCAGGAACAUCAGGCAAACCAGGAACUCCUGGAACACCAGGAAAACCAGGUACGUCUGGAACUCCGGGAACACCAGGGACGCCUGCAACUCCAGGAACUCCAGGAACAUCAGGAACUCCGGGAAAACCAGGUACGCCAGGAACCCCGGGAACACCUGGAACUCCAGGAACAUCAGGCAAACCAGGAACUCCUGGAACACCAGGAAAACCAGGUACGUCUGGAACUCCGGGAACACCAGGGACGCCUGCAACUCCAGGAACUCCAGGAACAUCAGGAACUCCGGGAAAACCAGGUACGCCAGGAACCCCGGGAACACCUGGAACUCCAGGAACAUCAGGCAAACCAGGAACUCCUGGAACACCAGGAAAACCAGGUACGUCUGGAACUCCGGGAACACCAGGGACGCCUGCAACUCCAGGAACUCCAGGAACAUCAGGAACUCCGGGAAAACCAGGUACGCCAGGAACCCCGGGAACACCUGGAACUCCAGGAACAUCAGGCAAACCAGGAACUCCUGGAACACCAGGAAAACCAGGUACGUCUGGAACUCCGGGAACACCAGGGACGCCUGCAACUCCAGGAACUCCAGGAACAUCAGGAACUCCUGGAAAACCAGGUACGCCUGGAACCCCGGGAAAACCUGGAACACCAGGAAAACCUGGAACGCCUGGAACUCCGGGAACACCAGGAAAACCAGGUACGCCUGGAACUCCAGGAACUCCAGGAACAUCAGGAACUCCUGGAAAACCAGGUACGCCUGGAACCCCGGGAAAACCUGGAACACCAGGAAAACCUGGAACGCCUGGAACUCCGGGAACACCAGGAAAACCAGGUACGCCUGGAACUCCAGGAACUCCAGGAACAUCAGAAACUCCGGGAAAACCAGGUACGCCUGAAAUCCCGGGAAAACCUGGAACACCAGGGACGCCUGCGACUCCGGGAACACCAGGAAAACCUGGAACGCCUGGAACUCCGGGAACCUCUGGAACACCGGGAAAACCAGGAACGCCUGGAAUCCCUGGAACUCCGGGAAGACCAGACGUUUGUCACGAAGAAGGCUUUUUCCCGGAUCCCGAAGAUUGCCGCAAAUUCUACCGAUGCGUUGGUGAUAAUUCCCAUUUCACUAAGUAUGAAUUCUCUUGUGGAACUGGCACUGUUUGGGAUUCCAAAGCACAAGCAUGUAAUCACUAUUACGCUGUUCCAACCUGUAACCCAGACAGCGGAGAAUCAAUAAAUCCUGUUGUUGACGGAUCAGAUCCAUCUCUCAACGAACUAGACACUGCAAAUCCACCAGAUUCAGGAAAUCAACUAGGAACAACCACUACUACCGUAAGUUCUACAGCCACCGAACCUGCAUUCACGUCUCCUCAACCAGAAGUUUCAUCGCAAUCUCCAUCAGAUGCAACCUCUCAGGAACCCGAGUCUUCAACAACACCAAGUACAGUUACUCAAGUCUCUUCAGUUUUACCAUCAUCCACCGUGGGAUCGACACAAUCAUCCUCAACUUCAUUAGAAACAAGUCAGCCCCCUGCAAUUUCUUCAAUACCACAAGUAGAGUCUAGCUCAGUACCGCCUUCAGGAUCAACGCAACCUGGUCAAUCUGGAAAAUCUACUUGCACCGAAGAAGGUUUUUUCUCAAAUCCUGACGACUGUAGAAAAUUCUAUCGAUGCGUAAAGGAAAAUUCAGCUUUUCAGAAGUAUGAUUUCACAUGUGGUCCAGGAACUGCAUGGGACCAGAGUAUUCAGACUUGUAACUUCAUUGCUCAAGUAUCGUCAUGCAAUCCAGAAUCCAAUGAAAUACCUGAAAAUACAACACCGGGAAAUAACGAAGUAGGAGCCACAAAACCCGCAUCAUCAACAACGAGACAAACAUCACCAUUUACACAACCUUCAUCAAUUCCUAGCUCUUCUGCAACAACUUCAGCCCCAGCAACUGAAAAACCCACACAAACCUCAUUAGCAUCAUCUUCAACGGCCGCAGAGAUCCAGACAUCGCCAUUAGAUUCUAGUACUGAAUCUUUUUCGUCGGAAUCAAGUUCCUCAUCAUCAGAAUCAACUUCUAGUUCUGAGACUUCCAGUUCCAGUUCUACCGAAGGAAGCGUGCCGCCCUGUGCAACUCCAAAACCAAAUUCCACCAUUGUCUGCAAUGAGGAAGGUUACUAUCCUAAUCCGAAUCAGUGUGAUAAAUUUUAUCGCUGCGUAGAUAAUGGUAAAGGUUUCAAUGUCUACCACUUCAAUUGCGCACCAGGAACCAUCUUUGAUCCCAGCAUAAAUAUAUGUAAUUAUCCCGAAUCAGUAUAUCCCCCUAGAGACUGUGCAGUAGCACAAAAUACAACUGAAACACCAGAAAAUUCUACACAAGCAACAACAACACAAUCUGGUGGAAAUAGUACACCGGUAGACGAAUCGAGUUCUUCGACAGAAGGUACAACAACUGAAUCAGAGCAAUCCAGUACGACCGAAAGUUCAACAACAGCAAGUUCUGGGACGGCAGAACCAACUUCAACGACAACAGAAUCCGGCAGUGAAACAACCACAGGAAUAUCUGCCGAAACAACCACAGGAAUAUCUGCCGAAACAACCGAAGCUACUACGCCACAAGUAGAAAGCACCACAGAGCAAUACACGACGACCGUGGCCACUGAUACAACAACAGAAUCUCAAAAAGAAACCACAACAAACUCCCAGGAACAAAUAACCACGACUACCAUUGUUACAACAACGGAGUCUCAAGAAGAAACAACGACAAACUCUCAGGAACAGACAACAGAAGCAAACACAACAGAAGCUCAAGAGCAAACAACAGCGUCGAUCACAACCGAAGUUUCGGAAGAAACAACAACGCAACCACCCGGGACUACAACAAGCUCAGCAACGACAGAAUCUCAAGAGCAGACCACGACAGAGUCCCCGGAGUCUAUAACCACUAGUCAGACAACGACAACAGAAUCUGAAGAACAGAAAACAACAGAAUCAUCUACAACAACAGAAUCAUCUACAACAACAAAAUCAUCUACAACAACAGAAUCACCUACAACAACAGAAGUAACAGAAACGACCACGGAAUCACAAGAGCAAACAACCGAAUCCACUACGACAGAAUCUCAGGAAGUAACAACAACGGAAUCCUCAUCGUCAACAACCUCACCAGCGAUCUCAACCCCAUGUCCAAUAGGAAAUCUCACUGACGAGCAGAUAGCUCUAGUCUGUCCCACUGGUUUCCGCCGUCAUCCAAAGUACUGCAAUCUCUUAUAUCAGUGCACAACGGCCAGUAACAUGGAGAUCAAGAUCCUGAUCCUGAGUUGUCCAGAGAAUACAAUCUUCGACGAGGAGAGGGUCCAGUGUCUACCUGAAAACGAAACCAAUCAAAUUUGUAAAGGAGUCAAGGCUGACGCUAGAUUCUACAGAAGACUUCAAGACAAUUCCAUGCCACCAAUCAAGGUUCAAGGUAAUACGCUCUGCCCGGCAGAAGGUCAUUAUCCUUACAGACAAGGAUGCAGCAACGCCUUCUACAAAUGUAAAAAGGAUAUCUACGGAUCACUCGAAGGAUACCUUUACAAGUGUCCCGCAGAUUUCAUAUACUGGUCGGUGUCGCGUCGUUGUGAACGCGUCACGCGGUUACCCAUGUGCUCGCAUAUGGCUUACAAGAAUAAAAAUUAUACCUGGGAAACGCGCUGGGAGGUCCCUGUUGAGGAUUACAACUUAUCCGCCAGAAUGCUUAACUUUUAUUAAUACGAUCUGCAUCGCCCAAAAUCUCACGGUGCCGUAGAGUAUUUUCGUUCUUCAUCAUUAAACGUUCUUCACAGCCACUUACACAUAGAACGUAUAAGCUUUAUCAAAGGCGAUCAACGCAAUCGGCAUCUUACAAUUUGCCGGGCUACAAAGCCCGUUUAUUGUCUCUAGUAAUAGUACAUUUUACAAGUAUAAUGGGAAUCUCCGUACGAUUUUUACGAGCUCCUAAGGGCAGACUCCGAAUUAGCUAUAGCAUAGAUUACGUACUGAGGUAACCUUGCCCUUUCCGUUUUAUUUUAUUCGCCUGAUUUACAUGACAUGGGCUAUUCAAACGAAAGGGUAGUUUUAGCAUAGCAUCGUGUAACAGGCAUUAGCUAAUUUCAAGUUUAACCCCUGGUCCGAUCGACCGCUAUAUCGAUCAGUAAUGAUAUGGAUUUUGCGUAUAUUUUUUUUUUAUUUUGGACCUUACCGACUUUUAUUACUGAGCUGUGAAAAAUCGUAUGCGACGUUCAGGGUUUUUUUUUGGUUGCGGGACUCUUAUGCAAUAGUGACUGUAUUUUUUAUUAAUGCUAUUAUUAAUAUUAAUGCGAUGCGCCCAUAAUGAUAAUUAUUAUCUUGUGUUCUCGCAUCAUGUCGUAUUUGCAACAAAUCACGGCAAUGAAAUCAAAAGGCAUUACUACUCUUUGUAGAAGACUUACUUGUCGCCUCUAUUUACGUGUAUAUAAUUAUUUCUCUUCCAUUUUGUCUUCAUUUAUGUUUUAUCGUAAAAGAAUUAUUAGUCGCUUUUGUAACUCGAAUGUGUGUUAGCCUCGUAGCGUGAUUCUUGUGUGAUACCUGAAUAUCUAUGAUAUCUUUUGUGUGAGACUUUUUUUUUAAUAAAUAAAACAAAUCAAAAUGAA